CCCCGCGGAACUCCCGCCGGCGGCUCUGCUUUCCCGGAGGCGCGCUCGAACUGCCGCGGCCGCCGCCAACAUGGCCGAGACAAACGAGGAGGUGGCGGUGCUGGUGCAGCGAGUGGUGAAGGACAUCACCAACGCCUUUAGGAGGAACCCGCACAUAGAUGAAAUUGGCCUGAUCCCAUGCCCUGAAGCAAGGUAUAACCGAAGUCCCAUAGUCCUGGUUGAAAACAAACUUGGUGUGGAGAGCUGGUGUGUCAAGUUCCUUUUACCCUACGUCCACAAUAAGCUCCUUUUGUACAGAACGAGAAAGCAAUGGCUGAACAAAGAUGAAUUGAUAGAUGUCACGUGUACCCUGCUGCUUUUAAACCCAGACUUUACCACAGCAUGGAAUGUAAGGAAAGAGCUGAUCCUCUCUGGCACUUUAAAUCCAAUUAAGGACUUACAUCUAGGCAAACUGGCCUUAACUAAGUUUCCAAAGAGUCCAGAAACAUGGAUUCACAGGCGAUGGGUGCUACAACAGCUAAUUCAGGAAACUUCCUUGCCUUCCUUUGUGACCAAAGGAAAUUUGGAAACAAUCCCUUCAGAGAGGACACAGCGACUAAUACAAGAAGAGAUGGAAGUCUGUGGUGAAGCAGCAGGGAGAUAUCCAAGCAAUUAUAAUGCCUGGUCUCAUCGCAUCUGGGUGUUACAACACUUGGCCAAGCUAGAUGUCAAGAUUCUUCUUGAUGAACUAUCUUCUACUAAACAUUGGGCAUCCAUGCAUGUUUCAGACCACAGUGGAUUUCACUACCGCCAGUUUUUGUUAAAAUCUUUGAUGAGUCAAACUGUGACAGACAGUUCUGUAUUGGAGAAAAACACUUUGAGAAAUGAACCAGCCCUAGUUCUUCCAAAAGAUGAAGAAGCAGCUGCUUCAACAGAGGAACCAAGGAUAAAUCUUCCUCAUCUCCUAGAAGAAGAAGUGGAAUUCAGCACAGAUCUUAUUGAUUCCUACCCAGGACAUGAAACCCUUUGGUGUCAUAGGCGGCAUGUUUUCUACCUUCAACAUCACUUAAAUGGUAAGUUUCCUCACAGCAUGACCCAGCUGCCACCUGCAGACAGUCCUGGAGAGACUUUGAGUGAUUUGCACCUCAUCCCAGCAGAUCCUCGGCUGUCUCAGGCAAUGGAAGUAGAUGGAUUGAAUGACUCAAGCAAGCAAGGCUACUCCCAAGAAACCAAACGCCUGAAGCGGACCCCAGCUCCAGAUUCUUUGGGCCUAGAAAUGGAGCACAGGUUCAUUGAUCAAGUAUUGUCCACUUGCCGGAACAUAGAGCAAGCCAGGUAUGCCAAAGCAUACAGGAAAUGGCUGGUCACUCUGAGUCAAUGAAAGUGGAUUAAUCCUGUAAGGUUCCCCUUUUAGUGCAAUAUUGCUUUCCUUUCUUAUUGACAUAGUUGCAUGAACUGUUUGCUAUUAUUGGCUAAUGUGUUCCUCAUCUUUAGGUUAAAAGUCCAUAGGAAACCUUACAUUUUAUUUAUUUUAUUAAGAAUUGGCAUUCCUUUGGGGAUACAGUAAUUGUGUAGCUCCUUACUAAAAAAUGAGUCUUAAAUUUUUUCUUUUUAACUCCUCAUCCUUUAUAUUUCUAUACAUGGGGUUUUCACUCAGUUCUUAUAAUUGGGUCACAUAUACAUCCACCCACCUCAUUUUGAUUGCUAUAUAGGCAAAUUUUUUAAAUCAAAAUUUUUUGUUGUAGUUCAGCUUAGAAACAUUAAUACAGAUGCAGAAGAACUUAAUUUAUUUUCAGAAUCAAAUGGCUAGAUGUUUGGAUAUGUGAAAAUAUAAAUCAGUUCUUUUUCUAGCAUGUUCUACUCAAAAGUAUAGACUAAAUGUAACCAAAGUCAGAAGUAUUGAAAUUUAUAUUAAAAAAAUGCUUCCAAUGUAAUCCAUUUUUAAAUGAUUAUUUAAAAACAGAAUCUAAUUUAAGAGUUUAUGUAAGUGUAGUACUGGAAAAUUAUUUUUAUUACUAGCUUUGAUAGGUUGUUUUUUACCUCAUAUUUGGUAUAUGCCAAAACAGUCAUAUCAGCCCUGAUAAAAUAAAUUUUUUAAAAACCCAGAAUGCCAUUUUUAGUUAUUACUACUUUUUCUUUUCCAAAAUCAUUCAUGAAAAAUGGGAGAAAUAUACAUACAAAUGUAUUCAUAGAAACUCCUUUUUAAAAAAUUAAGUUAUUGAGAUUAUACUGGAUAAACUACAAAAUUUUGUGGACUAUGAAAAGUUUACUGGCAAAAGCCAGGAGGAAAGAAUAGUUCAGGAGAUUAAUUCUUCAGUUUUUAUUUAAAAACAAAACAGAACACUUUGAUACAGGAUUUUAUCAGGGAUGAGGUACCAAAGUAUCUACAUUAAUGCUGUAUCUUAAUUUUCACUAACAAGGGCUGAGUUUUUCAGGUUGAUGAAGUGGGACUAGGGAAAGAGUCAGCUAAUGUCUACUUUCUUAUUAUAUUUUCUCCUUUGUAAAUGGUAUGUAUUUCUUUUUUCUGUAUACUGUUUUCUUUAUUUCACCACUCCAUUCCAUAUUUUUUUUUGUCAUUUUGACUUGUGUAUAAUUUUCCUCAAAUUUCAGGAAUGCCUACUGAAGAUUUUAUGUUCUCUAUUUCUGUGAAUUUCAUUCCCAUCUAAAUACACACACACACACACACACGAAAUAUGAAUAGAAACUGCCCCUCUAAAAGUUUCUCAAAUGAUGAAGCUGUUUCUUGUCCUACGUGUAUACAAAUGUGAGUAAUAGUUAUAGAAAUAAGUAUGACCACCAUGCUUUGCCUCUUCUCCUUUUUACUUGCUUAGUAAUCUGUAAGGUGGGGAGAAAGAUGUAGGGAAAGGCAAACCUCUCCUGUCUCAAUCUUGUGAAUAGCCAGGACUUGAGGUAGAAGUACUAUUUUAAGGGAAAUGGAAUAGGUCCUUUAUUUGGGCAUCAUGGUUUUGUUGAGCGGUGAACUGUCAAAUUGAAUGAUAUACUUGUAAGAACACCAGGAAAAUUAUCUAGCCUGGCCCCAGUAGACAGAUGUUGCUCUUAUCUCUUGGGGCAAAAAUUACCAUUUUUUAUACUUUAUAUAAUUUUUAGGAGAGAAAAUAAUUGCCAUAAUGAACUUAAUCCCAUGGCCCUUUGUGUACAGAGCUUAUUUUGAAUCAGAUACCUCAAGGUCUAUGUAGAUUUCAAUGGAUAAAACUCAUUAGAUUUAUGAUUUUCAACUCUUGUAGGGGUUGAGUAGAAACUACACAGAGAUGACAUGGGAGGUUCAGCACAUUCCAGUAAUACAUGUUGCCAAAUUCUGGACUACUCAGUAUCACUGUUAUCUCAAGCAUAAUUUUUAGUAUCCUAAGUAAUAGGGCUUCUUUGAUGUGAGUGCAACUACUUUGAUGUGAAUACACAUCAGGACAUGAGUAUAGAUAAUAUCCUGAGAACAUUAGUUAAACUUACCUUACACUCAGUAUCUUGGUCAUCUUUGUUGUUAACUGCUCAAACCCACCACUUUCUGAAGCCAUGUAGUGUUUUAAUAUACCUUGGUCUUCUUUUCUUAAUAAAGUUUUAAAUAGAGAAUGAGAAUACAAACAUCCAAAGGAUACUGUCAGUAUGUGACUUUUGUAUGCUACUUUAUUUUAAAUUUGCAUUUUUCAAGUGUUCAUUCACAGGAAAACUUAGAAUUGCCCUAUAUGAUUAUUUUUGUUGUGCCGCCCCCCCCCCCCCCCCCCCCCCCCGCCUAAGUGCUUGACAUUUAAACUGACUAGCAUAAUAUGUCUUUGCCUAAAUGAGCUCAUGCAGUAGAAAAAGUAUGUCUGUUUUCAGGGGCUUGUUAGCCUUAUUUUUCUUCAAAUAUGUCAUUGUUUAAAAGGGGAAGAUAGUUUAGAUUUGACGUGUUUCAUCACAUUUUCACUGAAAGAGUAAUAGUUCAUCAUCCUGUGGGUCAAGAAUACUACUGACAAGCAAAAGGCAGUAGGUAACUAACACCUUCAUAACACUCUUCACCCUGCCUUUUUAAUGUAGACUUAUUUCAGUAAUAUAGUAUUUCCAGACUCUACUGUGUGUGCCUUGCUCAUUGUGAGGGCUCACUGACUACUUAUUAAAUGAAUGAUUGAUUAACUGAAGAAGGAAAAAGAUUGGUCAUGAGUGAUGGAUAGAGUGAUGAUUGAGAAAUUAAUUGUUUGUGAAUAAUACUUAGGGAGAGCUGUUGCAUAUAGAAAAAGUUAAUUUAAAUUUAUUUUUUUCAUUACUUUGUUUAAACUCAUUAAAUUCAAGCCAAGAAAUGCAGCUCUAGAAUUAUCAGUGAGCUAUACCUUAAUCUACAUUAAACAUUUAUAGAAACCCACUUGCAUUAAGGAUACUACUUUCUGUUUACUUAUUUAAGGACACAUACACAAAGCUUGAACCAUUUGAGAACAGCUGAAGAAAUUCUUUGAUUUCAAUGACUUGUUUAUUGUAUCUUCAUGAAUAGUUGUUUUAUGCUUCUCCUUUUUUCCCCAUUAAUUUGAACUGUGAAUCUUUUAGUUAUUUCCUAAAUCUGUAUAGUUGUUAAGCUUAAGGAUCUGAUAAAUAUUAAUAUCUACUAUUAUUUCUUUAGAAACUCCAGGCCCAGACUUUCAGUCACACUUCUUAAUUCUUCUAGUACAGUUCUAAUUUAAAUUGAGAGCUUCAUUAAUUUCUUUCUUUUUUUUUUUUUUAAGCAGUGCUAGGCUAGGGAUCAUACUCCACUUUAUUAAUAAUUAGUAGAAUUAAACGUAUACAGGUUGUCACUAAAGAACACUUAGAUAUUCAAAUAAGGAGGUUGGUGACAUGUGGAAACAAAAGUUUUUGGAUUUUUAUGCAGCAGUCUAUAAGAAAGCAUAUAUAUUUUUGUGGUUUUGAUAUGUUCAGUUCAUACCAGUUUGUACUUGGUGAAUGAGUGAGUAUAUGUGUAAAAAGAACUUGUAAUAUUGCUGCAAACAUAAUUAUAAUUUUCUCUCAUAUAGCAUCACAUGGUCUAUGACAUGGCUAAAUGCAAUUUAGGAGUAGAACCACCACUUGCUAUACAACAAUCUCUACCUUAGCACCCCUGAAUUAUAGAAGAUGCUGAAGAUCUAGUUGCAAAAGAAAGUAGCACAUGAUUGGGGGGGGGGGGUGGCAGUGUAAAAAGCUGUUUUAAGUUUACUGUUAUUUUUUUACUAGAAAAUUAUAUAUUAAAAGUAAGAUAUUUAAAGUAUGCUAAAAUUUUUGAACAACAUUAUAACAACUUAAUCUUUUGUCUUUUGAAUGAAUUCCUCAAACAGACCUGCAAACUCUAGCAUUCUAUGUGCUGCUGCCUCCCUAUGCUCUAUAAUGAUCUCCUAUUUAUUUGAGAUCUGUGUUGAGGCACUGGAAAGUUUAGGCAAAUUCAGUAUCAUAAAGGCAGAGAGCAAGAAAAAUCAACCCUAAGAAUUCUACUUUCUGUCACACAGUGUCUUUUUAAAAACAACUGUACAUACUGUGUUAAUUUGAGUGCCUUUCUUACUUGGGGUUGGAGCAGGAUCAUGUUACUUUAAACUCUAAUAUUUAGAUAGAAAACAAGAACAUAAAACAGCUGAAUAUGACUCAUGAUUUUAUUUAUUCCCUUUGUUAGACCUGGUCCUAUCUUAUCCUUUGAUGAGAUACUGAUACAAGAAAGUAGAGUCCUUUAUUUCUAUUUCAUUAGUUCUCUUUUUUCCCCCCAAAUCCGUAUUCAAUUUUUUUUUUUUUUUUCAUUUUGUGGUGUUGGGGAUUGAACCCAGGGCCUUGUGCAUGCAAGGCAAGCACUGUACCAACUGAGCUAUGUCCUCAGCCCUCAUUAGUUCUCAUUUUUAAGCACCCUAUAAAGAAUUAGUUCUUUCUGCAAAGCAACUAACAUUUUGGGGAUUACAUGCAUUGCAUUCAGAGGUUUAUGUGUGCACAAUUUGAGACAGCCUGAAAUCUGUGCAGACUGAGUCCAAAGGGAAGCUGGAACCCCUCCCUAAAAUAAAUGCCAGAUGAUUGUCCUAAAUGAAUCCUCUGCCUUACUCUAAGGACCUUCUUUCCCAUCCACGUUCAGGCCUAAUGUAGGAUAGUUGAAGGGGAAAAGUAGGAUUUUUUUUUGUCACAUAUAAGAAGAAAGGAAGUAAAUUCUAAGAUGAAAUUUAAAAUGUGUCAUUUAUAUAUUUGUUUUGGGGAGUAGGAAUUUCACAUUUCAUGAUAGCAAAUAAUUCCUCAUAAUUUCAGAAAAAUAUAUAAUUAAGCUUUCAAAGUGCUUUAUAGAGAAUUUUUCAAUAAUAUAUUCUAUAGGCAGCAGUAUGCUAUGUUCAGAGUAGAGUCAGAAAACCAGUGUAUCCAUUGUGGAUCUGGGAUCAGAAGGAAAUCUCAGGCUCCCAACUUAAGACUUCUCUACUCUUACCAGGCCAUGUUAACACUGUAAAACCAAACUCUCUGCUGAAAAAAACAAAACAAAAAACCCACCAAACCAGCUUAGUCUGCUGGUAAAACAUGCUUCCAAGAAUAUUAGCUAUAUGUAGUUUGGACUUUCUGGAUAAUAAUAUCCAUAAAGCUAACUCUGAUUUUUCUUAUAUUAGUCUAUUGUUGAUCCUCAGGGCAUAGAAGAUUUAGUUCAAUUUAGGAUAUACUUUUUUUAUUCAGUGGCAAAUAAAAAAGGAUAAAUAUAUUACUAGCUCUUAAAGGUUUAGUAUAUAUAGUAUUUUUUAUAAAUCACUACCAAUGCAAUAGCUAGUAGAUGCUCUGUGACUGCCUCAAUUCAUCUCUCUGCUUUAGUUCCUGUGGCUGUGUUAUGAACAUUUUUUAAUAUAUGUCUUCUGUAGAAAUGAUUUCUGAAUUAUAUUUUCAUGUUUGAGGAGGUGGGGGAGACUAUUUUGCAUUAACUGACAUCAUUCUCAAUUUUUAGAAAUUCUGUUGAGGAAAAUGAUUACUGUUGGCUUUCAAAACCAUGACUACUUUGCUCUCUAAGACAUCUGUUUCCUUGAGAAUGUUUUAUGUGCAGAACCUAUGCAUGUUCAAUACAUUGCAUAAUACCUAAAAUGUUAUGGGAAUUCAAUAAGGGAAUUCAAUAACUGGUAAAGGCUCGAGCGGUAAAACUAGCUCAUAGCAGUCUUAUUGUCCACAUUGUUAGCUUUUGGUAAAAUACACCAGUUUGCGUGAAUACAUAAUCAUAUUCAAAUAUAUAAGAUAAAUAUAACAGUUGUACACCAUUGCAAGUGAGGUUUAGAUACUUUUGAGAUUAUCUAUGUGUGUAUACAGAUGUACAUGUAUAUGAAGGAUUUGUAGCUUGAAUUUAUAUGGUGGCUUUUACAAAGAAUUUUAUCCAAAGAAUUGUUAUUUUUGUAUUUGCUUAAAUGCUACUAUUUCAGGCACUUUUUAAAAUUAGACCAACUCCCUCCAGCAAAGCUGGAAAUCUAACAAAACAAGUGCCCAUUUGCCCUAAUUAACCAGAUAUUUGUUUGGGUAAACUGUUUAUGUUAAGUCUUUGAUGCUCUACAAAUUAAGACAUUCUGUUUUUUCCUCUCAUACUUUUAGGGAAAUCGGCCUUAAUUUCAUAUCUGGUAAUCAGUUUCCUCAAAGUACUAUGCAGCACACAGUAGAUUAUUUAUUUAUCUUUAUAAGGUGGUAAUGCAUUGAGACUUUUCAUUCUGUUUUGGGUCAUAGGGAUGUACCAUUUUAUGUAACUAAAUAUUGCCUCAAGCAGCAUUCUACCAGAAAUGUUCAUAUGUUGUCCUCCCUCAUCAAAUGUCAUGCUUUUGAAGGAGGUAUUUUAUACUAUUAGUUAAAGAAUGGGCCUAGACUGAGUGCAAUCGAAGUAAGUGCUCAAUAAACACCUAGUUGAUUAUUAGUCUGUCAUACUAACAAUGAGCUUUCAGCAAGGAAACCAGCGUUAUCUUUUCAUUGAGAAGUAUAUAUUUAAAAUAAUAUAUGUGUGAAACUGAAAAAUUGUAUCAUUUCACAUUAAUUAUUAAGCUUAUUUAGGCUAGAGUUAGUGAUUUGUAAUAAAUAUUGUUUAUAUAGAACAUGGUCUGAAGACAGGAGAUGUAAAAAGAUUAGAUAAUAUCUGAGGCACAUUAAUUGAUUAAAAAAAUAGGUAGCUGGACUCUAAGGAGAACUACUGUAGUCUUCUGUAAUCAUUUUAUAUAUUGGUAUAUAUAGUACUAUCUGGAUUAGUUUUAUUUCUCCUUAAAUUUUAGUUUCAUUCCAAUAUCUUAAAAGUGGUAAUGGUAAAAUAGAAAUUUAUGCUAAAUAACUCCUACUUAAACAUCUUUGACAUGAGGAGGAAAUUUUUAUGAAUAAUAUAGUAGUUUCACUAUGUUUAUUGUGGCUUUCAGAGCAUUUUUGUCAGAGUUCACCUGAUGUAAAAAAACAUUAAAAUUUUUGAAACAAACAUUCCUACCUGAACUAUGAGGAAACAAAUGUAUAGUACAAGAGUAGUUAGGCAUUGAUGUUUGGUGAGAUUCUUAAUGCAUGACUAUGAUGCUGGCUUCUGACUGAAGUGACCGUGUCAGUAUUAUAUUUUGGGUUUUCUUGUUCUAGGAGAAAAAUGGAAUGUAUACUAGAUUAACUUAAUGUCUUUAAGUUGGAAAAAAUAUGAGGUAUUAUAAGUAUGCCAAAUAUUUAUACACUCUACUACAAUAGGAGAGGAAGGAAAAAAAAUUUAAAAGUAGUAAUUUUUUUUAAUAGCUUCUAAUUUUUUUUUUAACCCAAGUUCCUUAUACACUAGUCACUUGCCUGGUUUAACACUGAGGGACUGUAAUUUAAGGGAAAGAUCUUAGAUACUAUAUUCUGCUAUUAGAAUACAUCGUGCAUGUUAAUAUCACAGUGCUUGUAGAUUUCCCAAAAAGAAUAUUUCCAUAAAUUGACGUCAAUAUUGUUUUUUUCUUGUAAUUUAUGUUCACAUGGACAAGUUACAUAUAUGCUCUGUGGUACAGAGUCAGAUCCUGGGCAUUAAAGAUUAGUUUGGCUAACUUUACUGAAGAUACUAAUUGUCUUCACUGAUUGCACUGCUGUGUUUCUUAAUCCAUUUUCCCCCAUAGAGCAGUCUAUAUUGAAGUUUCUUUUGUUCCUACCAUAUACUAAUUGACUUUUGUUUAAGGCUUAAAUAUUUUGUGAAUUCUUUUUACACUUAAAAUGUAUACCUUACAGAGGGAUAAGGAUGAGAUUUGCAGUAAGGUAUGUGCAGAGUGUGCUUUCACUGUUUUGGGAAUUAGUACCACAGAGUACUUAAGGCUAGUAUAAUGAUCAUAGAUUAUAUAUACUUGAACUCUUCAAUAGAAAUAUAAUAUGUGGGCUGGGGUUGUGGCUCAGCAGUAAAGCGCUCACCUACCACGUGCUAGGUGCUGCGUUGAUCCUCAGCACCACAUAAAAAUAAAUGAAUAAAAUAAAGGUAUUGUGUCCAACUAUAACUAAAAAAAUAAAUAUAGACUUUUUUUAAAAAAGGAAAGAGAUAUGAGCCACAAAGUAAUUUUUAAUUUCCUUGUAGUCAGUUGAAAGAGGUGAAAUAAACUUUAAUAAUAUAUUUUAUUUAACCCAGCUAUUAAAAAAAUUACCAUUUCAACAUAUAAUCACUGUAAAAAUUAUUAAUGAAAUAUCUUACCUUUUUUUUUUCUAUACUAAGUCUUCAAAUCUCAGUGUGUAAUUUACAGUCACUACAUCUCAGUUCUGACUAACCAUGUUUCAAGUUCUCAAGUCAUGUGUGGCUAAAGGGUAUUUUAUUGGACAAUUCAUAUGUACAUGGUACAAAGUGUGACUAUUUUAAAUUCAGAGAUGAUGAGGCAGACAUAAAAUUAUGGUACUUCAAAAUAAUUUAGAAAAAUGUCUACUAGAAUUGUCCACUUGUUUUCCUUCAUCUUCAUUUAAAAUUUGCUCUCAAAAUAUGAUCAGUCGAUUCCAAUUUGCCAGGUGUUAUUUAAGGAGAAAGAAAUUCUAUGCCAUGUAAGAUGCAAUGAUGUACUGAUUAUAACAACACAUUUUUCAGUUGUAGUCACUAAAUUCUGUCUUGUUUCUUCAAAAUAAUACCUUAAAUUGCAUGUUAAUUGUGUAUUUGCACCUAUUUUGGUUUUGUAUUAUUCUUAAUGUAUAAUGAUGUAUAUUAACAAACAGCCCUAGGAUUCUUUCUAUGCAGUGGUCUUCCAGUAUCUCACUGGUACACUUAUUUAUGAUAAAUGGCAGAGAAGUAGAAUGAGCCAUUCUUUUUUCCAUUAGAUUUAUUUAUAACAUGUGACCAUGUACCAAGCAGCUACAAAUUAUUGUAUUUCUGUAGAAUAUGGAAAAUAGUGUUUGUCUUAUCUUUGCUAAAUAUCUGCAAUUUCUAAGUAAAUUUUUCAUCUCCUAAAA